AUGUGGGGUGAAUUGUUUCCUAAUAAUACAUGGAAUGGUGUUAUUGGAUAUUUACAUAGAAAUAUCUAUGAAAGUGCUAAUGAUUUUUAUGAUGAGGUAAGAAAUUCGCGAAACUUUACCGGAAAAGUAGUAUUAGUCACCGGUUCGGGCACUGGUAUUGGAGCUACAAUUGUCAAGUUAUACUCAGCACUGGGAGCUAAUGUAGUGAUCACUGGUAGAAAAGCCGACGAAGUUCACAAAGUGGCUCUCGAAGCACAACAAUUGUCUCCUAAAAAAUUAAAGCCAUUGGAAGUGAUUGCAGAUCUAACAAAAAGUGAUGAAUUGCAGACUAUAUUAAAUGAAACAAUUAAAACAUUUACAAAACUCGAUGUCUUAGUCAACAAUGCCGGACAUUUGACAAUAGAGUCUUUAACUGAAAGCAAAUUUAUUGAUAAUCUUAAAGUAUAUGAAAAUUUAGACAUUAAUGCAAACCUAAAGCUCACACAACUGGCCAUUCCUUAUCUCGAGAAAACCAAAGGCAAUAUUAUUAUGAUUACAUCGACUUUUACUGAGAGACCGCCAAAAGGUACUUUAGGGUAUGUUAUAUCGAAAAAUGCAUUGGAAGACACUACCAAGGUGCUAUCAUUUGAAUUGGGAGGUAAAGGCAUACGAGUCAACUCAGUCAGCCCCGGAGUUAUUAACUCACACCCAGAAAAACCUGAUCCAAAAGAUGAGACUUUGUUUAAAAAGACAGCAAAACUGACUCCUUUGGGCAGAAAUGGCAAUAACACAGACAUUGCGGCCGCUGUUGUGUUCCUGAGCUCAUCGGACGCCCGAUUCAUAACUGGACACAGUUUAGUAGUCGACGGCGGACUUAAAUAUAAUAUGGACUCAGAUUUACUUAAAGAUUAUAAAUAUAUAUGA